AAAAAAAUUUUGAAAAGCCCACAAAAUUUGCUGCCCACGUGGUUGCGAAACAGAGAGAAGAGAUGCCCUAUUUUAGUGUUUUCAAAUCUCUUAUUUGUCACGGCUCAAAGCUACUGAAGACAUCACCCUCAGGGAGACUAGUCAAUACAGCUGCUAGAUGCUCAGUGUCUCUGAGAGUUAAACACAGAGGUUAUGAUGAGAGGAGACUGCCUGUCAGUCCUCCCAUCACUUCGGAUAGGAGAAUACAUACAAGUUCUUCUGUAGGACACGGGGAGUACGAGUGGGAGGAUCCCAAAUCCCCUGAGGACAUAGUGAAUAUAACGUAUGUGGACAGGGAUGGGCAGAGACUAGAGAUCCAAGGCAAGGUGGGGGACAACGCCCUGUAUCUGGCACACAGACACAACAUAGAGAUGGAAGGUGCUUGUGAGGCUUCCCUUGCCUGUACCACCUGCCACGUCUACAUCAACAGUGAGCACGUUGACAGACUAGAGGAGGCCAGUGAAGAGGAAGAGGACCUACUGGACAUGGCCCCUCAACUGAGAGAGAACUCGAGGCUGGGCUGUCAAAUUGUCCUCUCUAAAGAACUUGAAGGAAUUGAAAUCGUUCUACCAAAGAUCACCAGAAACUUUUAUGUUGACGGACAUGUACCUCAACCUCAUUAGCUAUUAUUAUAGUCUUUGCUGUUUUCUAUUGCUGUGUGUAUAAUCAUUUGUAUGUGUUGUGAUGAUGAGCAUAAGUAUUUUUGUGUGAA